AUGGUGCUGCGGGCGAUGCGAGGGAUGGUGAACGGGGCCGCACCCGAGCUGCCGGUGCCCACCAGUGGGCCGGGGGCCGGAGCUCGGGAGCAGGCGCUGGCCGUCAGCAGGAACUACCUCUCCCAGCCGCGGCUCACGUAUAAGACAGUAUCCGGGGUCAACGGUCCGCUGGUGAUCUUGGAUCAUGUGAAGUUCCCCAGGUACUCUGAGAUUGUCCACCUGACGUUACCCGAUGGCACCAAGAGGAGCGGGCAGGUCCUGGAAAUCAGUGGCUCCAAAGCAGUGGUUCAGGUGUUUGAAGGGACUUCAGGUAUAGAUGCAAAGAAAACAUCCUGCGAGUUUACUGGAGAUAUUCUUCGAACGCCAGUGUCUGAGGAUAUGCUGGGUCGAGUAUUCAAUGGAUCCGGAAAACCGAUUGACAAGGGUCCUUCUGUGCUGGCCGAAGUCCUGGACAUCAUGGGUCAGCCAAUCAAUCCUCAGUGUCGAAUCUACCCAGAGGAAAUGAUUCAGACGGGCAUUUCUGCCAUUGAUGGCAUGAACAGUAUUGCUCGGGGGCAGAAAAUCCCCAUCUUCUCUGCUGCAGGGUUACCACACAAUGAGAUUGCAGCUCAAAUCUGUCGCCAGGCUGGUCUGGUAAAGAAAUCCAAAGAUGUAGUAGAUUACAGUGAGGAGAAUUUUGCAAUUGUGUUUGCUGCUAUGGGUGUAAACAUGGAAACCGCCCGGUUCUUCAAAUCUGACUUUGAAGAAAAUGGCUCUAUGGACAACGUCUGCCUCUUUUUGAACUUGGCUAAUGACCCAACUAUUGAGCGGAUUAUCACCCCUCGCCUGGCUCUGACCACAGCUGAGUUCCUGGCGUACCAGUGUGAGAAGCACGUACUAGUGAUCCUGACAGACAUGAGUUCUUACGCUGAAGCACUUCGAGAGGUUUCAGCAGCCAGAGAGGAGGUCCCCGGUCGGCGAGGUCUCCCAGGGUACAUGUACACGGACUUGUCCACGAUAUACGAGCGCGCAGGCCGAGUGGAGGGUCGCAAUGGCUCUAUUACUCAAAUCCCCAUUCUCACCAUGCCCAAUGAUGACAUCACUCACCCCAUCCCUGACCUGACGGGAUACAUCACCGAGGGCCAGAUCUACGUGGACAGACAGCUGCACAACAGACAGAUUUACCCGCCUAUUAAUGUACUGCCCUCACUGUCACGGUUGAUGAAGUCUGCCAUUGGAGAAGGCAUGACACGGAAGGACCAUGCUGACGUAUCCAACCAGCUGUACGCAUGCUAUGCGAUUGGCAAGGACGUGCAGGCCAUGAAAGCUGUGGUGGGAGAAGAGGCGCUCACCUCGGACGAUCUUCUUUACUUGGAGUUCCUGCAGAAGUUCGAGAGGAACUUCAUCAGUCAGGGU